AUGGCUGACGUAGUCAUGAGCGAUGCGCCUGCGGGCUCCAGCAAGGCUAUUGAGAGCAAGAAAAAGUUUGAAGUCAAGAAGUGGAAUGCUGUUGCCCUAUGGGCUUGGGAUAUCGUGGUCGACAAUUGCGCCAUUUGCAGAAAUCACAUUAUGGACUUAUGUAUCGAGUGCCAAGCGAACCAAGCAUCAGCCACGAGCGAAGAGUGUACAGUAGCCUGGGGCAUAUGCAACCAUGCUUUCCACUUCCACUGCAUUUCGCGAUGGCUGAAGGCCCGAUCCGUUUGUCCCCUCGAUAACCGAGACUGGGAGUUCCAGAAGUAUGGUCGAUGA